AUGUCAAAUCAAGGAGGAAAGCAACAACGCCAGUCUAAUGGUGGAACCUUUGCGGGGCCCAAUUCGAACAACAUGUUUGGCGCAAACAUGCCUUCAUCUGUAUAUCCAAAGGAUUCUGUGAAGGAUGUUGCUGAGUCCUUGGGUAUCACAAAUUUGCGCGAUAAUAUCGCCACGGCACUAGCCACGGAUAUUGAGUAUCGGAUUCGUGAUAUUGUACAAAGCGCAUCUAAAUGCAUGAAACAUGCAAAACGUACACGUAUGACGACAUCGGAUAUUGACCAUGCUUUGCGCCAGAAAAAUAUAGAACCGCUGUAUGGUUUCUACCCCCCAUACACGGGUGGUAAGAAACAGGGUCCUUGGUUCCGGACUGUUCCUACAACCUCAGGUGCCCCACUUUAUGUGUUAGAGGACGAGGAAAUCAACUUUGAGCAUAUUUUGGAGCAUGGUCCCCGCGUUGGUGUGGGUCGUGGUGUGGGGUGGCAUGCUCAUUGGCUGGCUAUUGAAGGAGUUCAGCCACCCAUUCCUGAAAACCCUGUGCCUCUUACUCGCAAAAUGGCCGGUACAGAUGACACCUCAUUAGCAGAUGCAGGCGAAGCUGCAGCUGAGCUUGGAAAUACGGCUGUCAAGCCUCUCGUGAAGCACGUCUUGUCAAGAGAACUACAGCUGUAUUACGAGCGCCUCACCUCAUCGAUUCUUAGUCCACCAACGGAUGCAGAGACUGAGACGGGUACUGCUUUACCUCAAGAGGGUAUGCCCCUUUCAAACUACUCAGACAUUUCCAGUGGCAACCUAGUCCGCGAUGCUGCCCUUUCAAGUUUGCGUGGUGAUGCUGGUAUUCACCAACUCGUGCCAUACCUAAUUCAAUGGGUUGGAUCGAAUGUUACGCAUUCACUCCGACUUCCACCUACAGCUCAAGAUCCAGAGAAAAAGCUUGAAGAGCAGAAACACACGAUUCAGCUUCUUCAUACAAUGCUGAGCACUCUUCAUGCACUUUUGGUUAACACUUCUAUAUUUAUUGAGCCCUACGUAAGUACUAAACAGCAUGCUCUCUAA